GGAUCGAACAGAGAGGAUGAUAAUCUCAAAGGUGCUCAUUUAUUGACCACGUCAUAGGUUUCUCCAUGGUAGUAGGCUGCGGUCUCACGGACCUCUAAAAAACCUCCACGUGUACAGAUAGCACACUCGCCCCGGCACCAUUUCAGCGGAACCGGUCGAAGUUUCCGACCUAAAGCCGUAUUUGGAAACCGCGAAUCCGAACUCGGAUUUAGCCCAUCGCAAUCCUAUUCCAUACCGAAGCAACCAAACACGCCCUUAGCUUUAAAAGAAAAAAGGAAUAUUAACAUGUUGCAGCAUCAUUCCCAUGUCGUUGCAGUCACACACUUAAAGCGCUAAGAGCCCAAAGCGAAUUCGAAUUUGGAUCUUAAUCUUCACUCUGUUCUUCGAUCCUGGGAACUAGUCUGUGUUGUUUUCAGUGAGGUGGAGUUUCAAUAAUGAUGGAGAGAGCAGAUUCUGUGCAGAAGCUGUACACACGCAUGCGACUCUGGGAAUUUCCGGAUCAGUAUGUGAUUGAGCCAACGGAUGGCUCUUCUGGUUCUUCUUUGGCUGUUAGUCGAAUGGAUGGCUCCAUGAAGCUCAUCGAUGAAGUUCCAGAAUGCAACUCCCUUCGAGUUCCUAAGAUUUUUACAAUUUUUGGUGUAGUUGGGAUGUUGAGGCUUUUGGCUGGAUCAUAUUUGAUGGUUAUAACUGAGCGUGAAUGUGUUGGGUCUUACUUGGGGCAUCCAAUUUUCAAAAUUUCAUCCAUGAAGGUUUUUCCAUGUGAUAUUUCUCUUAAAAGUACCCCUGCUGAGCAGAAGAAGACUGAGAUGGAAUUUUUCGGGCUGCUAAAUGUUGCUGAGAAAACCUCUGGUCUGUUCUUCUCAUAUGAAACUAAUUUAACUCUGAGCGCACAGCGAUUGAAUGACCUGGGUGAUGAGUCUAGAUUGCUUCCUCUUUGGAGACAGGCAGAGCCUCGAUUUUUAUGGAACAAUUAUAUGUUAGAAGUGCUCAUAGAUAACAAGCUUGACCCAUACUUACUCCCUGUAGUCCAAGGCAGCUUUCAUCACUUUCAAGCAGCCAUUGGGAAAGAUAUUAUUGACAUCACUUUGAUUGCCAGGAGAUGCACAAGAAGAAAUGGAACUCGGAUGUGGAGAAGAGGAGCUGAUCCUGACGGGUAUGUCGCGAAUUUUGUGGAAACAGAGCAAAUAAUGCAGUUUAAUGGUUAUACCGCUUCAUUUGUUCAGGUUCGUGGUUCGAUACCACUGCUCUGGCAGCAAAUUGUCGACUUAACAUAUAAACCAAAGUUUGAGUUAUUGAAACUUGAGGAAUCUAUGCAGCCAAGAGUCCUAGAGAGGCAUAUUUUAGAUUUAAGAAAAAAAUAUGGAGCAGUAUUGGCUGUUGAUCUUGUUAACAAGCAUGGAGGAGAAGGGCGGCUGUGUGAAAAAUUUGGAAGUACAAUGCAGCAUGUGGCUAGUGAUGAAGUAAGAUAUCUGCACUUUGAUUUUCAUCAUGUCUGUGGGCACAUUCAUUUCGAUCGUCUCUCAAUCCUUUAUGAUCAAAUUUCAGAUUUUCUUGAGAGAAAUGGAUAUCUUCUGUUGAAUGAAAAGGGAGAGAAAAUGAAGGAGCAACUUGGAGUUGUUAGGACCAAUUGUAUUGAUUGUCUAGACCGUACAAAUGUAACUCAGAGCAUGAUUGGCCGAAAUAUGUUGGAAUACCAGCUCAGAAGACUCGGUGUCUUUGGUGCUGAAGAAACCAUUAGUUCUCAUCCAAAUCUAGAUGAAAACUUUAAGAUCUUGUGGGCUAAUCAUGGGGAUGAUAUAAGUGUUCAAUAUUCUGGAACUCCUGCUCUAAAAGGAGACUUUGUCAGAUGUGGGCACCGCACAAUUCAAGGGAUAAUAAAAGAUGGUGUGAAUGCUCUUCUACGAUAUUAUUUGAAUAAUUUUUGUGAUGGAACAAAGCAGGAUGCAAUUGAUCUUCUGCAAGGACAUUAUAUAGUUUCUGUCAGCCGAGAUACUGCUGCUGCUUCUCAGAAAGGAGGCCUUGAAGCUAUAGCUUCAUUUCCUCUGGCUUUGGGUCUGGUUUUGACUGGAUUCCUUUUUGCAACCAUGUCCUUGAGGCAAGUUCGAUAUGAUUUUCGGCACUUCUUCUUUUCGCUAAUGUGGGCAAGCAUUAGUGUUGGUAUAGCAGCAUUUGUGAGGGCCAACGGUCGGGUUUUCUGCAACAGACCUCGCCUACACAAGCCGCGGGGUUAACUUCAUCCAAAUCACUUUUAGCAAUUAAAAUUUUUCAGUGAAGUGUCCAGCUUCUGCAACAGGAGUCACUGGCAGGGCCUUUAGUUCUACAUCUGGAUCACUUUAACGAACUCUAUCACCACACGAGGCACCCUCAUGAUGCUUAUUAUAUUUAUUCUUUCUUACUAAAUUUGUGGUCGUUGUAGCUUCCAUAUAGUCCAAUCAUGUCCCAUCUGAGUGAUUGCUGCUUUAUCGGUGUUUCUUGCGCAUUGUCCCCUCUUUGUAUAUUUGAUUUUUAUUUGUGCGGUGUUUAAGAUGGAAGCAUAUUAUUUUGUAUGCUUUUAAGCAAAUUCAAGAUUC